AUGCAAAAAGUGAUGAUGGCUUCUUCUUGUUUUUCAUUUGGCUUCUACUCUCGUCGGAGAGAAAGGCUUUUAAUUGUUGCCAUCACAAUGAUAUUUGCUAUAAUUUUAGGAAUGAAUAAUUUUGUAAUAUCGGAACGGAGUGCUCAUGAUUUAAUGUCGGAUUCGUCUCCCAAAUAUAAAAUUAAAUUUACUGAAGAUGUUAAAAUUUUGGAUGAGAUUGAAAAGAAUAGCCAAAUUGUAUACAUGACAUUUGAAAAUGAAUUACAUAGAUGUCAUGUUCCUAUCAAGAAAAAUAACAUUGAAACAGAAUCACAAACUGAAUCGUUGCAAGCUAAAAAAGAAAGAAUUAAACAAGAGGUUCUGCAAUCAAUAUUCCCAAAAUUCAAUCAAGCAUGCUAUUUUAGAGUUGCUGGAUGGUGGAUCUAUGAAUUUUGUUUCAAUAAGCAUGUCAGACAAUUUCAUCAAGAACAACAAGCUGUGACUAUGGAAUUUUUCUUGGGUUACUCAAAGGAACAUCCUGAUGUCAAAAAUGAUCCAAAAUCAAUCAAAAACUUUGAUGUACAUUUUAACGAAAUUCAUCCAGAAGAAAGCUAUGUCUCUAUUCCUUUCGACAAAGGUACUCCUUGUGAUCUUACUCAUCAACCAAGAACGAUCGAGGUGAGAAUGUAUUGUGCCACUGAUUUGAAGAGGAGACAGCUCACAAACACAAUUUCACAUGAUGUACAUGCUCACUUUAUUGGAGAUAUUGAAGAACCAAGCACAUGUGCCUAUUCUCUUAAAUUUUACUCGAAUCAUUUGUGCAAACUGGAUGGAUUUACUCCAAAGCAAGAAACUGAAAGUGAUACCAUCUAUUGCAUUCCAGAAACCACUAUUAAUGACGAAGAAAAAGACGUCAAUUUAUUUGAAACAAUGGCUCAAGAUAUUUUGGAAGACGAGCAAGAAGAAUCCAGCUUGGAAUCAACCACAGAGUCGAAUCCCACUACCACAACAUCGCAACAAUCACUCCCAACAGAAACUGAAGCUGCUGCUUCAGCCUAA